UCCGACCCCGGCGAGAAGUGGCGGCUCUGGGGUUUGCAGCCGGGCGAGGCGCUGUUCCUUUACAGUCCCUCAGUCUGGCGGAAAUUAAAGAGCUGUAAGAGAGGUUCCGGAGCUGGCCUGGCGUGUAGGUGGCCAGAUGGAGACCGAGACCGUACAGCCGCCACUGACCCGCCGCCCGACGCUGGCCUCUUCCUGGGAUGCCGCGUGCGGAGCCCUGGCCCAGAGUCUCCAUCUCACCCGGUCUGGUCUCGGCGCCCGGGACGCCGACUGGGAGGAGCUGCUGGCGCCGCCUGCCACCGGCCAGGAUCUGGUGAUUUUGCAAAGGAACGUGAACAGCCAAGAUGAAAACCCCUGCUUCCUUUACCUGAGAUGUGACCCUCCUGGAGGUGAAGAAAUCGUUUCUCUUGGCAUUUUAAGUUCAGCAAGAAAUAUGGAAGUAUACUCAGGAGAGGACUACUGUGGAACCAGUAGGGGCAAGAAUGUUUGUAAUGUUCUGGAUAACAGUGAACAUGAAAAGAUUAUUUUGUACAAAAAAUAUCUAAAAUUGGAGUCUUCCACACAUGCUUGUAAAGUAAAGCUGCUCUCCUUUGGUGAAAAGCAGUGUGUGUUCAUCAGUAAAGUUGUGGUACAUGUGAGGCCAGUUUCAGCAAAUUCUUCAGCAGGCUCUCCUGCUCUAGGAUCAAGGAUAGACCUGGAGAGGGUCCAAACCAUCAUGGAGUCCAUGGGGUCAAAGUUGUCAUCUGGAGCUCAGCAAUUGAUGAAUAUGGUUAUUUUCCAGCAACAGAAUUGUGUUCCCAUUGGAGAGCAGCUUCAGUCAGUUUUGGGGAGCGCUGGAUACAAGCACAUGAUGGGACUGCAAUCAUCAUCUGCUUCAGGCGCCUUCGACAAGUCAUCCUCCACACCUUUCCCUUCCAGAACUGGAUUGACAUCUGGAAACAUGACUGAAGACUUAAAAGCUUACGUUGAUAAAAGUACACAGCCAGCUGGUGGAGGAAAUGUGACAAGCCUCCAAGAGUGUAAAAUUGUGCCACAAAACCAUUCUCUUCCUGAGAAUGAUCUUAAGAAUGCAGUAUCUUCUUUCUUACCAAAGAAAGCAAGUGACAACUCACAUAUACCUAACUCUGAGUUGCUGCCUUUUCUGCAGAAUCUGUGUAGUCAAGUGAACCAUCUCCGUGUGGGACCCAACGCCAAGUGGCAGGAAAGCAUCACCAAGCCCGGCGAAGGCACUGUUGGUGUUACAAUGGAAGAGCAAUCCAUUUGUUCCUACUUGGAAAAGAUUCUUUCUAAAAAUAUGGAACUGAUGGAAAAGAAACUUAUGGACUACAUUGAUCAGCGAAUAUAUAAACUCCAGGAGCACAUAGAUAAUAAGAUUGCUUUGUUAGUGGACUUGCUGCAAAGUCCCAACUCCCCACCCUCUGGCAUGCCUUUAAGACAUUUUGACUCUGGAGAAAGACUUUCAAAUGGAGAAAGAUAGCACUGAACAUGUUCAAAGUACUACAGAUAUUUAUUACAUAUUUAUUACAAAGCCAAACCCCCCAAAAAAGUUUAUGAAAAGCAGGUAUUUAAUGUCCUUUGAAAUAUUACCACUUACUUAAAGUGACCUCAGUGUUCAUUUUUACUGCACUCGUGAAUCCAGUACUGUACACUGAGUUAACAUAAUAGGAUCAUAAGUUAUUUUUGUUUGCAAUAUUUUUCACUCUCA